AUGCGCCCCAGAGUCCCAGACGAAAAAUCUCCGUGCUUCGAGCCUUCACGUCCGAAAUUUAGCAUUGAUGUUGAGCAAGGCAUGCCUGUUCGCAACAUAUCUUCAUCGGAGGUGGGAAUAGGCAGAGAAGUAGGAUACCAUGCAUCAUCUCUGCACUUUCGCCACUCAAGCGGAUCGGACGACGCAUCCGGGGCCCAGUUAUUCGUGAAUAGGCCCAGAAAUCGGAAGAAAUCGGAUGGCCUCAACGGUCGCAUGAACAAGAUGCUCCUGCGACUCAAUACAUCAUUCAUUGGAGAGUUCUCAACUUCUAUUACCAAGCGACCGCGUAAUCCUUCUGUCGUCUCCGCUGCGUCAACGCUCAGUACUGAACCACCACAAACCCCAAUUGACGUUAUUCAUAACACAGUAAGGAGUAAUAAUCUAGGAGAUGGAUUUACUAUUAUCAGGACAAACGAUUCUAAGAAACGAAAUCGCCCAGAUUUCUUGACGAACAAGGACUUACCAUCUUGGACGGAUUCUGGACGUCUUGAAGAGAGCGAGAAAGAGCCUCGCCCACGCGAGCUUCCAGAAUGGUUAUCACAAACGUUUUCCACCCUAGAACCAGACCAUCCACUCCAUGCACUCGCACUUCCCAUCCACUCAAGCUUUACUGAAGACGAAACUACCUCAUACGUCUUUGAAGAUGCUCCAGCUUCCCAAAAAGCGUCUCGCCCAGAAGAAGUUCACAACGGAACGAUAUUCGCAUUUCUACCUCCUGAUGUCUCUGUAGUGCAGGAUCACCUGCGGUCCGUAUCUCCUGCAGAGGAAAGGCUACCAAAAUCUCUGCUCUUCGCUGAAUAUCCGAACUAUGCUGCUCGAGAGCAAGCAACGUCUCUACACGCUUACAAAGGCCGUGCUGACCUCGAACUUACCCCGGAUGACGUUCUCUUUGACAGCACUAUGAACUUGGCUGCUGGAAAUUUUGUUCCCUUUGCUGAACCGGGCCCUUUUGUGCAAAAGACUGUCCACUUUUUGACGCCGGAUCGUGGAUCAAACCAUUCUUCUAGGCACUCCUUGCACUACUCAGGCAGUCCCUCCCUCAACCGGGCGGAACAGCAUCAAGCUCGCUAUAAACCGUUCAGUACUCCUGGACCAACAUCUUUCUUUCCUUUCACUAAUUCAAGCUAUUCCGUUUCUGACUCUUCGACUCCCGCCGACUACGCUUUGACUGAUGGCAAAUAUAACAUAGCUGACGGGACAAAUGAAGAAGACGCUACUUUUUCUGUCUUAUCCUUUACCUCGUCUGCUGGUAACUAUCCGGAAGAGCCAUUCUCCACGCCAGGACCUGCUUUGUACGCUUCACCGCUCCAGUACUUCGACACUCCGGAUAAAGAUCGCUUACCUCCUUUGCUUCACGAACAAUCAAACGACGGCAUGGAACUGGAGCUAGGCCAACUAUUUUCUAACGAGCAACAAUCACAAGCGCUAGCAGUCGAAGAUCCCUUGAUCCCUAAUCCGGACAUGCAACUGAACAACAUUGAAUUAGAAAUAGGGCAAUUGGCUUCUGACGAGGACCAAAUCCAAGCACAGAAGAUGAUACGCUUUAUCGAAAGGGAACAUUCCGAGAUGCUUAAAGGCAUGCGUACGCCGCCGGCUGGCUCGAAAAUUGACUUGGCUCAGGGAGACACUAGUCAAGAAAUCACCUUAGACGCUGUUGAGACUCUCAAUAAUAGCUCGAACUCUGGCUCGCGUGAAAAAAAUUCGCAGAACUUUUUGCAACACGCCGCCAAGUCCGGUGCUCAAGUCGCACCAAUCGAAGUCUUCUCUUCCCCGCCUUACAUUAGGUUCAAGCCAGCACACUCUUCUCGUUCCAGGAAGACCGUGACCACAAAGGACGAUCAAGCAAUCGAAGCAUCCCCGGACCUACGCCUCGACCGUCUUCCAUCUCCUGUUCAUAUCGCUAUUCGGACCGAUCUUCAUAGCGCUUCUGCUAUGCCUCGUACCCCGCCUCGGCCAAAGCUCCAGAACGUGGAUCCGCGCAAUGUUAUGGAAGUUAACAAGGUGACUCAAGCUCCGGAAUCAACGCUGGUGAAAGAGCGCCUACAUGAAAAGCCUAAGGCACCCACAUCAAAUACGAAGCCAGAACCACGCAAACCACGCAAACCACGACGUGCAUUUGCUCCUGUCCGUGGCGUCUAUUUGUCGCCUAUUCGCGAUGCGGAGAGUGAAGAGGAAUGCACCAUGGGUGCUGACACGUCUCGAUCGUCCGAAAAAUUAAAUGGGAAUAAGGACGAAGACGAGGCCAUCUGGAACAUCAAUCCAUCCCAGAUUUCAGACGAUUCGAUAGAGGAUUGGGAGACGUGA